CAUCCACACCGCUUCAGCUAACCAACAUGGCAGCCUUGUGUAAGGUUGUGACAGGAUUGAGGACCCGCACGUGCCUGUUCCCUAUAAGACAAGUAUAUGUCCGUAUGUCAUUUUACUGUACAGCAAAAAAUGGUGGAUCAGACAAAGAUGCUGUCGUGGAAACGGUCAAACCAGCCUUGGAGAAACCUAAAAGUGGAUUUGCUGCAGCCUUCGAUCAGCACACAGAUCUCCAGCAGACACAAGACCAGGUGACAGUUGCUGUCAGAGCAAAUUACUUGAGGGAUGAUAAAUCAUUUGCGUCGAUGCUACGACACUCUCCUCUCAUGCAGAUGGGCCCAGCAAAGGGUAAAAUAGUCGUUGGCAAGAUAUUCCACAUUGUUGAAGACGAUCUGUACAUUGACUUUGGUGGAAAGUUUCAUUGUGUAUGCAAACGACCGUCGGUGGAUGGGGAGAAAUACCACAGAGACAGCCGGGUUCGUUUGCGUUUGGAGGACCUUGAGCUGACGUCCCGCUUUUUGGGAGCAAACACGGACACCACUUUACUGGAGGCGGAUGCCUUCCUUCUUGGAGUGAUUGAGAGCAAGGACUCAAAAACCAAACUGUAAUAGUUGCGUAACCAGACAAACGCGUUAAAGUUCAUGUUUUAGUUUGUCCACAGACAUCAAUAAACACAAUGUUA